UUUUUUAUUACACACUGAAAUAAAAUUACGAUUAAUGUAACGCGUUAACGGGUUAAUCGAAAUUUCGAAUAUUGUUAAAUUGAUUUGCAAGUUUUUGUAUUUGUUUUUAAUUACUUCGACGUCUAAUUUCGUAGAUCAGAAAUUUGCACGAGGCGAAUUCCUGACCGAAUUGUUUUCCAAUUCAUUUUUACGGAGAGUCGUCGUACUUUCUUAUUAAUUUCCCCCGCAAACUGUCCCACGCCUUCGCGUUUCCGCAUGCCGCAAUACGCAAUCCAAUUUUUUCCACUUUCCGCCGCUCUCUUGUGUUGCGUUUCCGCAUAAUUUACUUUCACACUUUUCGUAUGUCCGUCCCUACAUAACUGUGAAGACUAUAGGAUCAGCAUGUAGCGCGACGUACGAGUUGAUCAUUUCCUCUCUUGUAAUCGUAUAAUUUCUUUCCAUUCCAGCAUCGAUCACCGGCACGAGCAUUAUUGAUGAUAAUUUAUUGCGCAGAAACCGGAAGAUAUAUAAGAACCUAUAUAGUCCUCUCGCGAAUCUCGUUUGGGAAAGAAGAACGGUAUUAUAAACGCGAGCUCAAACGUCAAACUUGUAAGCUGUAGAUGUUAAAACGCGAUAAUUCGAAGCAAAAACAUGCAUAUCCUAUGCGCAGGAUCUUCGAAUUCAAAAUUCGUAUCUUUACGUUAUCGCGAAGUUUUUCGUUCACUAAACUCGUUUGAAAUUUAAAACUCUCGCCUGAGAGAAUCGAUUUUACACAUGUCGAUCGGCAUUGCGAGAUAACGCAGCUCUAUUUCCUCCUGCGUAUAACAGAUGGCUGCACCGUCGCCAAAACACGCUCGUAUCUCCAGGACUAUAACCUAACAUCUGUGCAUCGUCAAGUAACAUAUUUAUGAGCACAUGUAUUCUAUCUUUAAUCGUAUAUGGAACUAGAUUUACGUUGACAUAUUGUAAUUUUGUAAUUACGCGAGCCGCUGGCGGAAAUAAAUCUCACUGUGAAAUGCCGCCGAAAUCUGCGACGAAUUCCAAACGCAACAGCAGGAGCACGAAGAGCGUGUCGGAACCGCGCGUUCCCCCUAGGACGGUAGACGGUACAAAUGACGCUUUGGAUCCAGAGGCGCAGGAUCGUUUCGAGCUGGAGCUGUGCUGGUGCAUACAACAGUUGGAAACGAGCCUCGCUGCCGGCAAGCUGCAGGAGAAGCAGAUGCAGGAAGUUGGCAAGCAGUUGCACUCGUUGAAAAGUAACACCGCGCCGUUAAUAAAAAAGAGACAGAUAAUGAGGAGCACGCUGGGUGACUACAGAGUGAGGAUGGCUGAGGACGAGCGGAAGUUCAGCAAAGCCGUAUCGGCUGUCAAGUUCGCCAGUUCCGCUUCGGCAGACAAGAAAUCAAUGUUCAUUAAGAAAGCGGCUGGAUGCAGUACGCAGAAUUCCAAUAGACAGACGGAUGGUCAUGGAACGCAAAAUACGUCACAAAGUACAAAUCAGACUGUUAGUGGUAGUAGUAAGGCCGAAACUCCAUUUCAAUUUAAUUUUCAAGUGCGCCAAUAAAAUUUACUUCGACAUUUAUCCAAGGACCAACUCCUAUUUGCUCUACUGACAUUUUAUAUGCAGGUUUACAUACUUAACUUUAAUUUAUUGCUUUUAAUUAAUGAAUCAUUUAUAAGAUAUGGAGUAUAAUUUAUCGUAGCAAAAUUUUGUUUCAUUUAUGGAAAUUUAUUAUAUUUUUAUUUGCAUUUAUAUACAUUCAUGAAGCUAAUACAGAAGUACCAAAAAUUUUACGUGAAUAAAAUGGAAAUAGGAAUCUAUUA